GGCUUCAGACUCAGCAAUAUAUAUCUACAUAUGCUUUUGUUUGGUUUUAAGUAUAUUUAUAUAUUCAUAUUGAUCAUCAGAGCUCUUGUAUCAUAUCACACACAUAUAUAUAUAUAUAUUAAUUUGAAUGAUUGAUUUUUAUACAUAUAUGUAUAAAAAGUGAUAUAUACAGUGAAAAAUAAAUUAAAUGGGUGAAAAGGGAAAGAAAAUGGGAGUGAGAAAAUACAACAAAUCUGAAUUUCCACGGCUUCGAUGGACACCCCAACUUCACGAGCUCUUUGUCGAUUCUGUUCGAAUUCUCGGCGGAAAACACAAGGCAACUCCCAAGCGAAUUUUGCAGACAAUGAGUGUCAAGGGACUGAAAAUUUCUCAUGUCAAAAGCCAUCUCCAGAUGUACAGGAACGUAAAGAAUGAUGAUGAGAUGAAUAUGUUUGUACGUACAAGCCAAUUAUCAUUAUCCAGGAAUAAGCACGAUUUCCAUGAAAUACAUAAUCUUAAACAUACCAACAGAUCUGUCUUCUCAUCCCUUUUCUCUCCUCAAAGGUCAUUAGGAAAUAAUAAUGAGUUGAGAAAUGAUUGGAGGGAUUUUGAUCAUAAUAAUAAUAAUGGGGAAAUAGAAUGUCAAUCCACCCAGAAUGAGGCUAUUCAUCAUCAGGAUACAACAAACAGUAUUCUUACAACACUAUAUAUUAACAGCAGCAGUGAUAUUAAUAAUAGGCGUAAGAAAAAGGAAAAGGAAGUCUGUAAUGAGCUUUGUGAGCUCUCAUUGAUAUCAUCAUCCACUACUACAACUACAAGUACUACUUCACAAGAAACUCCUCCUCCUCCUACUACUUCCCAUUCUAAUAAUAAUUCCACAACUUAUGAAUAUGAUCACAAUCACAUAAACUUGGACCUAACCAUAUAGCUAGCUAUCUAAUUGAUUAGUUAAUUAAGCUAUGUAUACCUUCAUUCAUAUAUAUGUAAGCUUAAUUAGAGUAUUAUUAUCACUAAAUAUUUAAUUAUAUUAGUGAUCAUCUAUUGUAGACAUAUAUGUAUUAGCCAUAUUAUAAUUCAUAAAAAGAUGAUCUAAUAUAUUGAUCAUAUUAAUAGA